UCCAAUCCCAUUUUCUCCUUCUAAUUAGACUUGGAAAAUACCCUUGAUAUAAACUGCAAAAUUCUUGACAAACAUUUGAUGCAUCUCAGAAUGCUCCUAGUCAAUUGGCUUGCUUUAAGAAUCAGGCCCUGUCGGUCCUUACGUAGCGUCAAAUGCCUGUUAGGUCCUUAGGUGUGCAUUUAGCAGAUUUCAUCCAACCAGCGUGGUGGCAUCAAAUUCAAAUGUAAGUUCAAAGCAUGCACAGUCUAAAAGACCCAGCCAGACAGUAUUUACAGAUGUGUUUGCUACUGUAAGACUCGGGGAAAAUUUAUAUACUAAAAAUAAUCUCAUUUGGAAUUAUUUCUGUGUCACAUGUAUGAUAUUGACAGGCUUGGGGGAUAUCAGUAGCUUAAAGUAGUCACACUUAAGAUACAUUCUUCUGUAAAUCAGUAUUUAGUAAUCUGACUCAUGGUUUUAGUUCUUUGCCACAUUUCUGUGUUGGUUUUUUUAACCUCUAUAAGUAGAUCAAUUGAGGCCUGCUUCAUUAAAAAUGUGUAUUAGGAGAGCAAAAUCCAACAAAUGGUGGAUGAAUCUUGAAAUUUUUGAAUAGGUGGUAUGACUAGUGAUUGUUCAUUCAAUGUGUAUUUGGCAGCUCUGUGUAAUGACACUGUACUUGAUGUUCCAAGGGAUAGCGAGACAAAAACAUUUUUAUCUGUAAGAUCAUGGUUCGUUAGGACAAACAGCUGUGCCUGAAUAACUGCACUGCAUAGUAAACUGUGCGAAAUGCUGUGAACUGUAUCUCAACACAGCUCCAGCUCUGAGAUACGAGCUGUUGACAUUUGUCAAAUCAGUUUCUUCUGUCCUCAGUUUCCUCAUUUGAAAAAGGAGGUGAUUGAAUUAUAUGAUCUUUAAAGUCUUUUCCUGCUUAAAAAAAACAAACACAAUUCUUUAAAGAAAAAACUCAACCCAAAUAAGUGGGGGGAAAUAGUGGUAUUGUCAUACUGUACAUCAGCUUAUACCAGUGAGCAUGCUUACUGAUGCAGAUAACGGGAGGCCUCACCCUAACUGAUCUAAUUCUCUGGUACUUGUGACCAGUAAAAAGAAUGAACAUGUGGCUGGCUGCACAGCCCUGUCCCCCUGGUGGUAAGACAGACGGAAAGAAAUCUGCCGGGAGGAGUAGGGUCACCCUGGACCUCAGGCAGCAGAGUGAGUUUGUAACCCAGUGGCAGUAGUUUGCAAUGAAUGAAGAUCUCAACCUUGGCUUAUAUUUAGACUUCUGAAAGGGCUGAUAUGGGCUUUGCCCGACUAUUUAAUUCACCUUUGAAGCCUUUAGCAGAUUUGGAUCCAGUAGUAGUUACAUUCUGGUACCGAGCCCCAGAAUUACUUCUUGGAGCAAGACAUUAUACCAAAGCUAUUGAUAUUUGGGCUAUAGGGUGUAUAUUUGCAGAACUACUAACGUCAGAACCAAUAUUUCACUGUCGACAAGAGGACAUCAAAACUAGUAAUCCUUAUCACCAUGACCAGCUGGACAGAAUAUUCAAUGUAAUGGGAUUUCCUGCAGAUAAAGACUGGGAAGAUAUAAAAAAGAUGCCUGAACAUUCAACAUUAAUGAAAGAUUUCAGAAGAAAUACGUAUACCAACUGCAGCCUUAUCAAGUAUAUGGAAAAACAUAAAGUUAAACCAGAUAGUAAAGCAUUCCACUUGCUUCAGAAGUUGCUUACCAUGGACCCAAUAAAGCGAAUUACCUCAGAGCAGGCUAUGCAGGAUCCCUAUUUCCUAGAAGACCCGCUUCCUACAUCAGAUGUUUUUGCCGGUUGUCAGAUCCCUUACCCCAAACGAGAAUUUUUAACAGAAGAAGAACCUGAUGACAAAGGAGACAAAAAGAACCAGCAGCAGCAGCCGGGCAAUAACCACACGAAUGGGACCGGCCACCCAGGGAACCAAGACAGCAGUCACACCCAGGGACCCCCGUUGAAGAAAGUGAGAGUCGUCCCUCCUACCACUACCUCAGGUGGACUGAUCAUGACCUCAGACUAUCAGCGUUCCAAUCCGCAUGCUGCCUACCCCAACCCCGGACCAAGCACAUCGCAGCCGCAGAGCAGCAUGGGGUACUCAACUACCUCCCAGCAGCCUCCACAGUACUCCCACCAGACGCAUCGGUACUGAGCUGCGUCGGACACCGUCCAUGCACUGUCGCGGUGCCGCAGGCCGCCUGCAGCUUUCAGCGGGAGCCUGGGAUGGGCCAUGAGAACGUACUGUGCAGCCACGCAGUCAGAUGUCCGGUAGCCGAGUUCCACCGCUUUUCACAGAUUGGGGUAGUGGCUUCCACGUUGUCGCUGUCUGGAGUUAGGCUUGAGAAUAAAGUGCUAGCACAGUUUGUGUUGUGGGUUUGCUACUUCCAUAGUUUACUUGACAUGGUUCAGACUGACCAAUGCAUUUUUUUCAGUGACAGUCUGUAGCAGUUGAAGCUGUGAAACGUGCUAGGGGCAAGCAUUUGUCGUCAUAUGUGGUGAAUUCUUCCAGUGUAACAACAUUAUCUGACCAAUAGUACACACACACACACAGAGGUUUAACUGGUACUUGAAACAUGCAGUAUACGUUAACGAAGCAACCAAGACUCAACAUGAGAUUAUUUCGGUACACCUUUCAUUUCAAUGUCUUAUCAGUGGGUUGAUUCAUUUUCUACAUUAAUCAGUGUUCUUUGACCAAGAAUAUUGCUUGGAUUGUUUUGGAAAGUACAAGAAGCCACAUAGUUUUUCCAGGAAGGUUUCAAAACUCCCAAAGAUUAAUUUCCAACUUCUGAGUUUGUUUUUAUUUUCAAUCUAUGACUUGACUGGUAUUAAAGCUGCUAUUGAUAGUAAUUAAAUAUGUUGUCAUUGAUAUAAACCUGUUUGGUUCAGCAAACAAACUAAAAUGAUUGUCAUAGACAGUGUUUUAUUUUUCUUGUUGGUGUUGCUGAUUUGUGAGCAUGCUUUAAGAUGAAAAAAGCAUGAGUGAUAACUUCCUUAAAAAGGUGCGGCAUCCGAUUCAGAUAUUUUGUCCUGAUUUUAAAGCUGGUUGGUGUAGUGCUACUAAAAUUUCGUUCAGUUCAUUUUCUUUUUUUAAAACUUGUUCGCACGUUGUUUAGGGUGCCCUUACUUCAGCAAAGAAGAAGGAGUAGGAGAGCCUUAGAAUUUUUGAGGAAAAAAGAAAACCUAUAACAUACAAUGUACUGUAUCAAACUAUUUUACAUGAAUGACACAAGUAUUCUGAAUUUAAAAAAAUUGAACAUUGUUAAAAACAAGGUGUUAUGUAAUAAAUUUAUUUUUCAUAAAUCAAAA